AUGGUGAGAUGGAUCCCUCCUAGAAAUCCUUUUUUGAAGUUCAACGUCGAUGGUGCGAGUCAAGGUAAUCCGGGCAAUGCUGGAAUUGGCAGAAUGUGCAGAUCCUCUAUUGCCUCUUUUAUAUGCGGUUUCUCCCAAGGAAUUGGGUGGAACUUUGCUUUAGUGGCUGAAGCUAUGGCGAUUCGUGCUGCUCUUAGGACUGCUCUUAAUUUGGGCAUAUCUCUUUUGGUGAUUGAAAGUGACAAUCUUCUCGUGAUGAACAUUCUCAACGAUCACACUCUUGAAAUACCUUGGAGAAUCAAUCCUAUCAUACAGGACUACAGAACUUUGGCUACAGGUUACGUCACAUUUUAUGAACGAAAUGAAAAUUUUUUUGUUUGGUCGAAUAUGAGCGAAAUGAUCACGGCGAGCUUUUACAAUUCUGUUUAUUUGCAGAAUGCCAUUGAUGAAGAGCGUUAUGAUGAUGCAUCGAUGUUGUGUAGGCGUAGUGGAAGUGGGCUGGUAGGCUGGUGGGUGGGAUGUUCCAAGGAUUCCGAUGAUCCUUUUGGAAGAGUAGUACGAAUAACCCCUGGCAUUGGCAGAUUUGUGGCAAGGAGUUAUAGUCCAAGACAAUUGAUUACAGGAUCUCCUGGGACCCCAUUGUUUGAAAUUUUUGUCAUCAGAGAUGCUGAUGAGACUUACACAAUGCAGGUAGUAUUGUUGCAGAGGGUGAAAGGAAUUUCAACAAGUUCUUCAUCAGCAUCUAAACUGACUGAUGAGCUAUCUGCUGUUGGCAUCAAGAGCUCAGAUGUAGAAGGCGUUCCAGUGAAUGAAGAAGAGGAUGUUGAGAGACGUGAAGAGAAGAAUGUAAAUAUUAAGGAUGCUAAUGAAGAAGGCAUACGAAGUGUUAUAAAUUUUCUUAAAGAUAAAAUUCCAGGAUUGAAACUUAAAGUCACGAACAGUAAAGUUCCCGAGGAGACAACGGGAGAUGGCGAUAGUAUGGAGCAGUUAAUGCAGGAAAAUGAUACUGCAAGGUCUGCUGGGAAUUCUGAUGACGAAGCUGGUAACUCAGAUGAUGUCAAGCCUGAUGAGAUCACUGUUGGAGAAGAUACCAACACAAGGGAAGAGGGGAAGAAUAUGACUGUGAAGCUUUUUAUUGGUGGAGUUUUACAUAAUAGGGAAGAUAUCCCUUCAAUGGAUGAGUAUGUUCGCUACCCUGCUGAAAUAAAAGAUAUGAAAAGGGAUUCCUUUGUGCUUCAUGUUCCAAGUAGAAGUAAGGAUGCUGAUGUUGGAGAGAGUCAAAUACCUGAGAUUAAACUGGCUGCAAUUACAGCGCAGGGUGGUUCUGAGCUCAUGCCUCUUGAUGUUGCCAAGGCAUUUGGGAAUGUGGAUAAAAUUUCUUCAAAGGCUUCUAGAGAUGUCCGUGAGAUUGUCAAGCUUGCUGUUACACGGGCCCAAAAGCGGAACACACUUUCUGGGGAUACGACUUUUAGUCGGAUCAUGACUUCUAAAGAUAAUUUAGAUCCCUUUGAUGGGUUGUAUGUGGGAGCAUUUGGCCCUUACGGCACGGAGCUUGUACUGCUCAGACGUAAAUAUGGUAACUGGCAUGGGAUGAAUGACACAGAUGAGUGUUCAGAUGUUGAGUUCUUCGAAUAUGUUGAGGCAGUAAAGCUGACUGGAGAUCUAAAUGUUCCCGCUGGCCAGGUUACAUUUCGUGCUAAAAUUGGGAAAGGGAGUCGCAUACCCAACCGAGGGAUGUAUCCAGAUGAGCUAGGAGUGGUUGCUAGUUACAAAGGUCUAGGAAGAAUAGCUGAAUUUGGGUUCCGAAAUCCACACUGGGUUGAUGGUGAACUACUCCAGCUGAGUGGCAAGGGCAUGGGACCAUAUAUUAAAGGUGCAGACCUUGGGUUCCUCCAUCAUGUUCCGGAGCAGAGCUUCCUUGUGCUGUUCAACCGCCUGAAACUACCAGAGUGAGGCCAUGUCUCAUUCAUUGCCAACAUGUGGAACUCCUUGUUGACAGUACAUGUGAACACUUCCGGUGGCAUCUUACAUACAGAGCAUAGGGUUUGGCUACCCGGGCAUGUUUUGACCA